UUUAAAUUUAGUACUAUGUAUUAUUUGAAUUUACCUAUUAAAUAUAGUUGGAGAAAUAGCAUAACGUACUCCAUUGGUAACGGGCCAAAAUGUCAAAUUAGACGGAUAAGCGUACUAUACAUAGGGCCGAAACUAACGGUCUGCAGAAGUGCGUGUUUGGAUCCGUUGAUGGCAGCUCGGCUGAAGAGAGAAGACUGCAGCCGCACGAAACAUGAUUCUGCUUUCUCUCAAUGGAAGAUUCUUAUUGGGCCCUCUGACUGGGAAGACUAUUUAUCGGGAAAAGAAGGAGUGGGGAAGUACAGGACUCACAAUCUUCCAAAUUGCAUAUCUUGUCCUGGCAUUUAUGAGCUUGGCAUAGCUAUAUCACACGAUUCACACCCCAAAUCUGGGCAAAACACUCGCAAACUCGACCCAAGCCUUAUAAUUCCUGUUUAUCUUGGACAGGCCGAUAACGUUAGGACUAGACUACAACAAUAUGGCCGUGGCGGUGCACAUUUGGAGAAUGGAUGCUCAAAUGAUGGGUCGACUAACUUUCAAAUUAUUUCUGUCAAUAAAGGACCAGGAUUAUUUAUGCAAAUAUUCUUGAAAGGCUGUUCCAUUGUUUACAGAUGGGCUCCUAUGAAAACUAAGAGGGAUGCAGAGAGAACUGAAGCUCAGCUGCUUGAAACUUUUGACUAUGCAUGGAAUAAAGGUAGCAAUGGUGCACGUCGACCCGACGAUAUCUUUAAAAAGCUUGAUCGGCAUCCAAGAGAAUCUCAGUUCUCUCUAAUAGCUAAGAAGCUUCAAUAUUUCCAACAGAAGCAAGAGGGUAUAAAAAUCAAACCUUGUGAGCCAUAUUUGUUGCAGAAUGGAUCAGAUAUGGACAGCACUGGCAUCUUCUCCCGAAUUUAUAAAUUUGGGAGGUCACGUCCAAGGCUGGUGCCAAUUAUAUCUGGUUCUAGUGAUGAUUGCGCGGGUAUUUGUGGUGUUGCCAUGGGUAAAGGAUCCGUUUGUACUAAGCUACCUGUUAAGGGAAGAAAACGAUGUUUGGAGCACAAAGGGAUGAGAGUUAAUUCAAAAUUGACUACAGAAAAAAAUAUGCCUUAUGAUUUUUCUAGCAUUGAUUCGGGAAUUAUCACUAAUCUUGAACAACCAGUUAAAGAGAAUUUUUCACCUAUUUGUGGAGUUAUCUUGGGCAAUGGCUCUCCAUGUAGAAGGGAGCCUAUCCGUGGAAAUAAAAGAUGUUUGGAGCAUAAAGGCAGGAGGAUUCAUCAAUCUGCAUGAAAAUCCUGAACAAAACGAGCAAAAAAAGUGCCUUGUAGUUUCAUUCUCUAAUUCUUGACAGACCCAACAGAUUUUCUUUGAUAAACUAGUGGUAAGUGGUCAUAAGUUUGCAGACAAGAUGAAAGCAAGCAAUUGGUAUGUGUGGGUGAAUCUAGACGACAGGACAUAUUGUUCUAGGAAGCCUGUCUCAGAACGAAAAAGGUGUGAUUCACAUAAAGAAAUGAAGACCAAGUAGAUAAUGGGGAAAUUAAUUGCAACAGAAUGUCCAUGGUGUCUUUGCUUCUUGGUAUGUCGAAAGCUUGUAAUGAGGUAAAGGUGCAGAUCACAUUUAGCGAUCGUAGUUUAAAAAAUUAUCUUCAGAUUGAAAGCCCAAGCGUGAAGGUUCCUCCUGCUGAAUGAAGCAGGAAAUCAGUAUUUUUUUUAUUUUUAUUUUUACUCCUGAUUUUAUGUUAUCUGUUUUCCGAUGUAAGUGGCACAUUUCUGUCCAAGGAUUUUUUAUCAUGAUCAACUGCAUUGCAUGGUUCUUCUCCCUGCAGAAGGCCACCUGCUUAAGGUUAGAGCAGGUUCUGGUAGCACAGAAGGCGCGAAGUCUAAGUUCAUCUGUGUAGAAAUGUCGAAGAAUUUAGGCACCUCAUUUACCAUAUGCUUUUAUAGAAGGAAUUAAGAUGUACAUUGAUAAUUUCGAUUAUAUUUACUGAUUUGCUUUUCUUUCCUUA